CUUCCUGUUACGGGGUCGCUUUAAGUAGCCUGUCUCGUCGAUUUUGUUGCAUAUAUUUGAUACAGUGAGGUUCAGCGUGGGCUAGAUGUUAGAUCAUUUUGACAUGCCAAACUGUUCACUCGUCGAAUUAAGAUGAAUUCGUCUCAAAACAUUACGUUUUCGUUGGAAGAAGAAGAUUACGACGAGUUCAAGAAGAAUGGUAUUCCUAUCACGGCUUAUCUGAUAGUUCUAUGUGUCGUCGGGACGGUUGGAAAUACACACGUGUUUCUGACAUAUUUUCUAAAAUAUAAGGCAAACGUAUAUAAAACAUUUAUACUGUGUUUAGCUGUCGUGGAUUUACUCGGAUGUGUAUUUUGUAUCCCAGCAACGCUAUAUAUCAUCAGACAUCCAAACACAGUGCAAUCGUCGCUGUUCUGCAAGGUAAACCGAGCCGCUUCUUACUUCGUGGGAGCGUUUUCCUUGUUGAUUCUGGACUGCAUAGCUGUGGAACGUUAUCGGAAGGUUUGUCAAGCCACUCGUGUCCAGUUUACGAUAAGGACAACACGUAUAUUGUGUGCUGCAAACUUUGUUUUUGUGUUGGUCGUGAUUGUUAUUCCAGUGACUAUCAUUUACGGCAUCAACCGGAAGCAAACUCCUACUCAUUCGUUGCUAGGCUACGAAUGUACAGUGUUAGAUCACUUCAAAAGUUCAACGCUGACAAAAGUGUACAGGGGAUUUAUAUUUUUCAUAUUCGUUCUAUUAUUGAUCGUUUCAGUUGUGUUGUAUUCUUUGGUCGUUAUGAAGAUUUAUGCUCACCAGAAAAAGCACAAAAGCACAGAUGACUUGCCAAGAACAAUGUGUUGCAUGCCUAGAUCUAAACAUAACGGAAGUGAUUCCCUUUCCUCAGAAGAUGGCCGCAGCACCAACAGAUAUUCUCAAGAGAAGGACAUAUCAAGUGAUCUAUCAAUUUCGGCCACAACCGCACCCGGAAGUUUUGCUUAUAAUGUUUCUACAGAGCGCUUUGUUUUGUCGACAGAUGCUCGCGUCGUUAACGCAAAGACUAAUAUCUCUGAGACAGGUUAUGACGACCAGAAACGCCAAUUAACCGGAACCGGAAAUACGUAUCUUGACGCAUUAAAUGAACGCAAGAGAAAAAAACUUGACAGAAGCAGAAAUAUAACUAUGGUUUUCCUAGUCGUGUCAAUAAUGUCGUUCGGAGGUUAUCUCCCCUACCUAUUAUCCACCCUGGUUCGGAAUAUCAGCAGAUCUUUAUUUGAAAACUUUGCAAGCAAUUAUGCAGCCCUGGACGUCUUCAUUCGGUGGAUGGUUUUCCUUAACAAUGCCAUUAAUCCAAUAGUGUAUGGUUUUAUGGAUAAUAAAUUUCGAAAUGAACUAUCAAAUUGUUACAUUAAAAUGGCGCGUUGCUGCUGUGUUUUUAGACGUGACUAAUAAGGCAAGUCAUGUAUUUUUGAAGAUAGAAUAAUCCUCCCGCUGCGAAAUAAUGACUAACAGGGAGUUCUUUGAUGCAGAAUCAUGACUGAAAAUGACUUUUCCACUGCGGACGACAGGUAGAAACCUGAAAGAUAUAUUCUGCUUUGCGUUACUUACAUUUUGCACGUUACAUAUAUUAAAACAUGUACAUUUCUAGACGUGAAUAUUUAAUACUGUGUUUUAAUAGAUACAAAUUGCAGUGAUAAGGACGUGUAUUAUAAAGAACGGCGAUGUUACCAGGUAACCCCCAUCCUCGAAAUCAACGGAGUUAUGCUCACUUUCGUUUUCUGCACCAUUGGAAUACGGCAUGAGUAAAUCGAAGGCACGGAGUUAGUUAUUUGAAUAAAGCCGGGUAAAGAGAAGCAAACCAGUAGCUUGGCUGAUACCUGCCUUUUAAAGAUUUCAGGGUAGCGAAACCCGACUUCAAAGCGAGUCAAUUUUACCGUUCAUUGCUGCGCGAUUCUUUUUUUUGAAGUGCAUACAGGAUCAAAUUAGUGUCCUUUUAUUAUUCACACAGUGGCGCAUACAUAUUCUUCGAUUUUGUCAUUACUUAUUACUCCAUGGGUGCAGCGAAGAAAGUGAGUUUAACCUUUGGGAUGAACCAUAUUAUUUAUGUCUGUAUUACAUUUGAAAAGGAUAUUUAAAGUUAAACGUGAAAAGCAACUUAAUAUUGUAUCACUGAAACAUUUGAUAAGUUUAUGAAACACCUAAAUUGCCAUAACAAAAUGAAGCAUUUGGUUACGAUGUUUUGUGAUUUACAAGUCUACAUUAAACAGUCGAAGCUGAUGUAGUAUAUGUUAGUGAAAGACGUAACU